GGUGCCUCCACCAAGCCAUACACGAAGGAGGAGGAGGUGAAGAUGGCCGUCAUUCUGCAGGAGAGGAAGGAGAAGAAGGAGGCCAAGAAGAAGGCCUUGAAGGAGGAGCGGGCGGCCAAAUUGAAGAAGAUAGAAGAAGAGAUGGCCAGAGAAAAGGAGAGGAUACAGAAAGAAGAAGAAGAGAAGUUGAAAGAGGUGGAAGAGGAGGAAGAAGAUGAAACGCCACUGCAAAGGAAGAAGGGGCAGUACAGUGGCAGUAGGGACGAGGAGAUGGAGAAGCGGAUCUCAGAGUGGGCGGAGCAAUAUGACUUUAGUAGGAGUCAGCAUAUAGCUGUGCGCUCAAUAAAGUUGGGGUUCCAGGACUUUGUGCAUGAGCUGGUAGGCGCUAUAGGAACCGAGGUGGGCCACCGCCUCGACAAGACUGAGCGAUUCUGUGCCGGCGCCAUUGAGGGCGUUAAAGCAGCAGCCCCCAAGGAGGAGGAAGUACGUCCUCCUCGCCGGGAACCGGUCAAGGUCAAAUUCCCUGAUUCCUACAGUGGGAAAAGGGAAGAGAACUUUGACAACUGGGAAACCAACGUUAAGACCUGUGUGCACUUGCAACAGGUCUCCCCGGAUCAGCAGGUUCUAAUUGCGAUCCACGCGCUGAGAGAUGAGGCCGCCAGUUUUGCAAGGUCCCUAGUUCGCGCUGCCAACUGUAGUGACGAUCCCGUUGCGUACUCCUCGUUCACGUCCCUCACCAAAUUCCUGAAGUUGUUGCGCGAGAGAUUCGUUGAUGUCGCCCGCAGCGUUAAAGCCUCAGAUAGGCUGCAAACGAUUCACUCUCAAAAGUGGAAAAGUGUCAGGGCCCUUAAGAGUACAAUGGAUGAGUUACUGGUUGUCCCUGACCACGGGGUUACGGACACCCAGUUGGUCGGCCUCUUCUAUCGGGCUAUACCCGAAGCCCUUCGAGGGCAUUUCUUCGCAAAGAGCGAAGACCCUGCCAUUACGUACGAUUCUCUUAGUCGUGAGGUGGUGGCCUUUGAGGCCAAGCCUAUGUCUGUUUCCACCUUCUGGCACAAAGAUUUGGAUAAGGGAAAGCAAUGGAAGGGCCACACUAUUUCUGGGCAGGUAAAUACCAAGGACAGCCUUGUCCUGACCUUAGAUGAGGGUAGUGUAGAUGAGAUCCCCUACGAACAGAUCGAGUGGGGGUUAGAGGAAGAGGACAGCGGUAUGGGCCAGGGGAGGACUUACGCUUCUGUCGCGGCUGGAGGGAGGCCGCAAGGAGGACGAGGCCAGGGCCAAGGGGGUCGGGCCUCAGGGAGCCGGUUUCAGGGCGAUCAGGGGGUUGGCGGCAGAGGAGGAAACCGCCAAGCGGGAGGCAGGGGUCAAGGUCCCCCGCAAAACCGUCCUAGGAAUAGGUCUCCCUAUAGGGUAGGAGGAUGGCACCCGGGGCUACCACAGGGCCGGUGUCUAAAUAGUUGCCCAGAGACCACUUGUAUUAGGGUCUCUCUAGACACCUCCCUCACAGGCGUAGCCGAAGAGUUGAAGGAGAGGACGCCCGCCUGGGCCAAGAUGAAGAAGGAGAAUAAAGGGCAGUUGAUCUUACUAGAUACUGAGAUUUUUAGAAGUAGAGUAGGGGCCCUAGUAGACUCAGGAGCCACCCGCAGCUAUAUCAGUAAGAAAGCGCUGCAGAAGUUGAGGCUGGGACUUAAAGUCCAGAAAUUGACCGACCCCAUAGUUAGUAUCCUCGCAGACAAUCGUACCAUGGUUGUAGAGGAUUACGUAGAGGGAGUCCAGGCGUAUUUCCACCUAGAGAAAGAUGGGAAAGUGGAGAAGGUCCUCCACUCCCUGACUCUUCUCGUAGAAGACAGCCUCCCAUUUGAUAUUGUUCUGGGAAUGGAUUGGGGAGAGGCAGCCGAGGCCACGCUCCAUUUGAAGGAGCACGAGUGUAGGCUCCCUAGUUCUUCAGGCGAGGCUAAGACUGCCCGCCUGUUCCAUGUGUCAGGAGUAGAGAACCCCUUGGCACAUUGCUGCCUUAGUGCGCCUGCAUUCGCCAGAUUAGUGAAGAAGGAGAAACUGGAGGAACAGGGUUUUGUCGCCUAUGUUAGGCCGGUGACUGAGCCUAAGGAAGAAAAGCCGAUGGACCCUGCGAUUGCCAAGCUGCUGGAAGAGUUUAAGGACUUGACCGAGUCGCCGACAUUGAUAGUACCGCGACCCAUCCAGCACCGCAUUGAGAUAGAGCCUGACAGUAGAACUCCUAAGGGCGCUGUAUAUAGGAUGUCCCCACGGGAGUUGGAGGAGCUUCGCAAGCAAUUAGACGAGCUCCUCGAGAAGGGUUGGAUUAGGCCCAGUUCGUCUCCUUUUGGAGCGCCUGUUCUCUUUGUUCCUAAGAAAGAGGGAGAGCUGAGGAUGUGCAUCGACUAUAGGGGUCCGAAUGCUAUUACAGUAAAGAAUGUUGAGCCACUGCCUAGGAUAGACGAUCUCUUACAUCGAGUGCAGGGGGCGAACAGAACCCUUGAAGAGCAUCAGGGUCAUCUCAGGCAGGUCUUGGAGAAGUUGAGGGAAGCUAACUUCAAGAUCAAUGCAAAGAAGUGCGAUUGGGCGAAAACCCAAAUUUUGUACUUAGGCCACGUCUUAGACGGAGACGGCGUUAAGCCAGAGGAUAGCAAGAUCGGAGCGAUUAGAGAUUGGCCCACGCCACGUACGCUGACAGAGUUGCGCUCGUUCCUGGGCUUAGCUAAUUACUACCGAAAGUUCGUGAGGAACUUCUCUACCAUCGCUGCGCCUCUUCGCAAAUUGUUGAGAAAGGAGACCAUCUGGAAGUGGGAUAAGGACUGCACGUCUGCCAUGAAGAAGUUCAAACAGACAUUGAUAGAGUAUUCAAUCCUUAAAGUCGCCGACCCGUACUUGCCCUUUGUCGUCACGACCGAUGCGAGUCAAUACGACAUAGGCGCAGUGUUACAGCAAGACGAUGACAAUGGGUAUACGCCUGUAGAGUUCAUGUCCGCCAGAAUGCCUUCAGAGAAGGUCGCGACAUCUACCUAUGAGAGGGAACUCUACGCUCUCAGGCAAGCCUUAGACCACUGGAAGCACUACUUGCUUGGGAGACACUUCAAAGUCUAUUCUGACCAUGAAACGUUACGAUGGUUAAAGACGCAGGCGAAGAUGACACCUAAGCUUACUAGGUGGGCCGCAGAGAUAGAUCAGUACGACUUUGAGCUCAAGCCUGUCAAAGGGAAGUACAAUGUAGUUGCGGAUGCUUUGAGUAGAAGAGCUGAUUACUUUGGGGCAAUAGUACAUUACCUCCAUAUAGGGAAGGAUCUGCAGCAGAAGGUUAGAGAAGCCUACGCGCAGGACCCUAUCUACCAUGACCUCCUCAAGAAGGGCAAGGAGGCCUCAAAGACUGAACCAAACUACCGCACUACUGAGGGGUUGCUUUUUUAGAAGACUAAUGUUUUUGACCGGCUGUGCAUCCCCAAU